AUGGUGGCUGCAACAGCAAAGCCCAAUGCCCAGGAGUAUGCAAACCAGGGGGCCAGACUGCGUCGGGGCACCGGGAAACUUGCGUUCAUCAACUGGGUGCGCGAGUGCGAUAUACAAACCCAGCUUGAGUCCGUGCCAUCCUCAUGCAAAGGGAUCACAACAGAUUUGUACAGACCCUGGACAACUCCGUCCAAAAUUUGCUGGACGCUCAUCGUGUUAAGUGCGGUGCAUCUCAUCCUGCUUACCGUUCACCGCCCCCAGCCUCACCGUUUGCCUGAGAUAUCAAUCUUCGUUCUCUUCAUCUGCGUCAAUGCUGUUGUCAUUGGCGUUGGUCUAUCAGGCUUAAGACGCGGGGAUACGCCAGCAUUCUACUAUCCCUUGGGAAUAUGUACAGCAUUUCCGCUAGCCCUUGAGAUGAUUCGGCAGACCAAAAUCCAGGCUGGACCUCUUACGAACGCCCUGCUGCAUCGAUUAUUUCUAGGAUAUGGUUUUCUGUCCCCGGCGGUAAAGCUCGGGUUGAUCUUAUGCUCGGUCGUCUACGAGGCGUCGGUGAAAGCUACAGCUGUGGUUGUGUCUAUCGACUACACGGUACUUGUGAUUGCCGGUCUGCUUUUUUGGCGCGGAAUUCGCGGUAUACCAUCUCAGGGCCCCGUAAUCCGUGAAGUUACAAUCCAUGCACUUCUUGUUCUCGUAACAGCAGGGUUUGCCGCAGGUGGACUCGUCCACGACUGGCCCUUCUGGAUCGAAGUGAUGUUGAUUAUCACUCUUGUUGAGUACGCAGUUACUUUAGGCACGGCAGCAAGCAAAGUGAUUCUGGUUUUGAGAGCGAUGCGAGAAAAUGCAGAACCCAACAAAAGAACCGACAGAUCUCAAGAUCGAGAUGACGACCAAACCACGGCCCAUGUUCCACAGACCGAAAUAGGGAGGAAAAGGCGAACCGAAGUUCGCCAACGUCUGAGGCUCUACUGCUGUACAAACAACCAAACGCGCGCAGUCCCGGCGACGCUUAGCCAAGCUUUCGAGAUCGAUGAAGACCCGGAAACAGAAACAGACUCUGUGCUCGAGAUGUUGCCUUAUUCUGAACUGAAGCAGAAGUGGAGAGAGCAACAACAAAAACGGCAGACCUGGGUUAAUCGAGCCAUCAAGUGCUGCAACUGCGAAGUAACUGGCUCGGCGGUCAACAAAUGCGCAUGUGAGCAUGAAUUUUGUCUUGUGGAGAUGGAGCCCAAUUCCCUCGGCGCGAGACAGUCAACCACAUGUUCAACCCACCAGCGAAGAUAUCGCGAUAGAAAUUUCACUGGUUGUUUGACCUGCAAGGCAAGGCAUGUCAAAUGUGAUGAAGCAGCACCUGCCUGUCGCAACUGCAUAAAAAGGGGUUUGCACUGCGAUGGCGCCCAGAAUGAAAUACUCUUCAAAUUCUUCGACCCCAGCCAGGCGUCGUCCGGUUUUGUAAAGAGACAGCAUAAAGCUUUUAGAAGGGAAACGGCCAAAAACCACGGUGUCUCCAGCUCACACCCAUUGCCAUAUAAGGACCCAACUUCCCCCUGUCUACGUUCCGUGGAUUUACAAAGUGGGACCCACGCUUCCACGGAAUCUCUUGCCAUGGACAACCCCACCACUGGUGACGGCAAGCCCCCGUUUCAAUCUACUCCCAAUGAUGAGGCUCGCGAUCUCCAGUCCCAUUCAUCCAGCUAUAACCCGUACUCGAUUGAUGAAGCUAAUUGCUACUCAGACUAUUCUGAUAUCCGUGGUGAUAUAUGUCGCGGCGAUGAAAAUGCACCCUUGGCUUUCAUUGUUUUCAUCUCAGAGCCUGUACUUCAAGAGCGGCUGGAGUAUCUGAAGGCUCAUACUUCAGAGCUGCACAAGCAACGCAGUGUCUUUCGCACAUUCUCCGAGCUUAGAGUUGAUGGACCUCUGGCAUUACCAUACGCGCUCUGUCUGGUACAAAGUCUUAGGGUUGCCGUAGUACCAUCCAAUCUCCUAAUUCUUCACUCAUUCGCAUUCGCCUGUACCGUAAUGGCAGCUACAGUCCAUGUCUACCGCAUUCACGAUCCGGAACCCUCCGUGAUUCCUCGCACUGGGCUAUCCCCUCAGUAUGCCUAUGGAGCCCAUGUGUUUCGUUGGAAAGAGUAUUUGUUUAUCACCUCCAACAAGAAGCCGAAUGUCUCCGGAGUCCAAGACAUUUCUUUGAAAGGGCUCAGCGAUGAGCAAGGCUUUCUCCACGCUGCAGCUGCUUCUCGGAAAGCACCUCAAGUUGUUGAACAAGCAUAUCUGGAGAUUAUAAAUAACGAAGAGCUCGCAGGAGAAUUUACAGCCGUCUGUGACCGUUGCGAUGCAGUGAUGAUCGAGUAUCUGGAAAUCGUGAAGACCGAAUGGUUGAAAUUUGCCGAGGCAUUCGAGUCUGGGCUCCAAUGCCUUCUUCAAACGACUAAGGAGGCAGAAGUAGAGAAGGCCCUAAAGCAGUUGAAGAAUUGUCUGCAUAUCCUCAGAGAUAGCAUGGGAAACGUCACCCACGAACAACAAACGGAGAACAUCCAACACCCCAAGAGCUGGGCGCUCGACUCCCUCCUCUGUCUUCUCGGGGAUUGUCUAGGCAGGAUGGAAAUGAUCAAAUGGGCAUUCGAUAUGGCUAAACCAUCUAAAGGGCCAUAUGACCUGCUCCGUCUUCGGGGUGAUUUGAUGUACAUCAAGGGACGAUACAAGCAGGGGAUAGGGGAACUGGACGAGAACCUGGCCCGUCUGACGGCAAAUGACGAUGCUGCAACAUCAACCCUGACCGGAAGGCCUACUGUCCACCAAAGUCUUCUGCAUCUAUGCAUUGUUCUUCUUGAGUCCCAGCCUUCAAUCACAGCCCACCGCCUCAGACGGCAGCUGGAUAUUAUGAACUGGCAGCCAACCAACUGGGAAAAAACCUGCAAUGAAUCCGAUGAUCUUUCUGAUGACAAUUACCUUGAUAUCGCGCUUACUUUAGAGGACCUCGAGGUAUUUGAAGGCAUCAGAUUAACAGGAGAGAUGGUGAAGGAACAGUACACAGCUCUGAUGAGAGAACUGAGAAGGCUCGCUGGUGAUAUAGCGCCUGGUGUACCCAAAAGUGAUGAUUUUUCUCUCGCUGCGAACGUGAUCCUAAUCUGCACAUGUAUUGGGGUCCAUGCGGUCGCCCCCCAGCUGGAGGACGAUUUCUAUGCCAGGACGGAUUUUGAGAAUCAUGCUGCUGAGCUCAGCAGAUCGCCACUGUACCGGGAAAAGCGGAUCUCUUCUGAGGGCGCAGCAGACGAACUCGACCGCAUUAUCCUCCCUUUACGACCCAACAGAGACCCGGCUCCGUCCCCUGAAAUCAAAGACAGCGAUGUCUCUCGCCUACCACUGCCUGAGAGGCGGUUGGGUAAAAGACUGAGUGAUGGCGAUUUAAGCCAACAGAAACGGUCGAAAAUGUCGGAGGCAAGUGAUUUCUGGUGA